GCGAGCCCCAUCGGACUUCCCAUUUCCCGGAAAGGCUGGAGAAACGAGUGUGUGUCCUGGGACGGGGGAGUCCCUUUCCCCGCCCCUCCCCGCCCCGUGGCCACGGCGUGGCUGAGCCCGGGGCGGAGCUGGCGUCUCCUCGCGGACGGGCGGCGGGACGGCGGCCGCAGCCCGGGGCAGGCAGGCGGACAGGCACGGAGCCCGGCCCGGCGGGAUCACCCGCAGUAGGACGACCCAGCGCGCUGCGGUGCGGCGGCGCCGACAGAGACCCGGAGCUGUCCACCUUGGCCGAACGCGUCCCUGGGUCUGGACAUCCAGCUCUACUAGGCCUGGCCAUGGCAUUGUGCCUGAAGCAGGUAUUUGCCAAGGACAAGACUUUCCGGCCCCGGAAGCGCUUUGAGCCCGGCACACAACGCUUCGAGCUCUAUAAGAAGGCACAAGCCUCACUCAAGUCUGGCCUGGACCUUCGCAGUGUGGUGAGGCUGCCACCUGGCGAAAGCAUCGAUGACUGGAUCGCUGUGCACGUGGUGGACUUCUUCAACCGCAUCAACCUCAUCUAUGGCACUAUGGCUGAGCACUGCAGUGAGACCAGCUGCCCAGUCAUGGCGGGCGGGCCUCGCUAUGAGUACCGCUGGCAGGAUGAGCGCCAGUACCGAAGGCCUGCCAAGCUCUCGGCACCCCGUUAUAUGGCAUUGCUCAUGGACUGGAUCGAGGGUCUCAUCAACGAUGAGGAUGUCUUUCCGACACGUGUUGGAGUUCCCUUCCCCAAGAACUUCCAGCAGGUUUGCACCAAGAUCCUGACCCGACUCUUCCGAGUCUUUGUCCACGUCUACAUCCACCACUUCGACAGCAUCCUCAGCAUGGGGGCCGAGGCACAUGUCAACACCUGCUAUAAGCACUUUUACUACUUCAUCCAGGAGUUCAGCCUGGUGGACCAGAGGGAGCUAGAGCCACUGAGGGAGAUGACAGAGCGAAUCUGCCACUGAGUCCAGAUCUGGAUGUUGUUGCCUAUCAACUGGACCAUCGGACACAGUGUAGCUGGGAGAGGGGACCCUUAGGAGCCUGUCGGUAGAGCAAUCUGAAAGCCUGUAGGACCCCUCUACAUACCCAACACCUCUGGACUUCUCAGAAGUCCGCCUGGAGAAGGGAGGGCUUCAAGUGGGCAACUGAAGCAAAGGAGUUUAACCCCUCACAUUCAGCCCAAGAGUAGGGUAGGCUUCCAGGUUCCUGCUCUGAUAGUUCACCCUUUCACCCUACCAUGGUGAGUCCCAAAUCUAUUUGGGGAAUAUGGAUGUGGCUGAAGUGGUGGCAAGAAAAUUAUGAGAGUGAGUGCCUGUAUCUGAGCAAGCGGGUAGGUGUGUGCGUGCGCGAGGGGUGGGGGUUUGAUUGUGGGAUUUGUCUGAGAGAUUCAGGUCCUUUCUGGCACACAGUAGGCCCUCACGUUGGAUGGGUGGGUGGAUGGAUGGAUGGAUGGAUGGAUGGGUGGAUGGGUGGACAGACAGACAGGAUGGUCUAAGUCCAUGACCCUUUUAGGAGUAAUGACAGCUUUGUUCCCCAGCUCAACUCUGACCAUAUGUACAAGUGUACAGAAUGUGUAUGUAGAUGGAGUGGUACCUCUGGAUCUUCUAGAACACCAUUUUCUAUCUACAUGAGUCCCAUGCAGUUGAGUGGAGGCUAGAAAGUUCAGCUUUGCCCUGAAUUCCUUAAACCCCUGACCUACCACCAUGUGGGCUGAUUUGCUCAGCCAAGGAUGUCCACAAAUUGUUUUGUCACUCAUCUUUCUGCUUCCAGGAGGGUCUGAUAACAGUAAGCCUCUAAGCUACUGUGGUGGCACAUACCUUUAAUUCCAGCAUUCAUGAGGCAGAGGCACGAGGAUCUCUGAGUUCUAGGCUAGCCUGGUCUACAUAGUGAGUUACAGGACAACUAGGGCUACACAGAAAAACCCUGUCUCAAAAGACAAAACACAAAACAGCAAAGCAAAACAGUAAGCCUCUUGAGGAUUGAGAUUGAUCCCUCAUGUCCACAAAGGUCCCUGGAUCUUCAAUUGGGACUUGAGAUAUUUCAAGCUCAUACCCAGAACCUACUGACCUGACUGAAGGCCAGCAAAACAUAGCCCUCUAAAACAGAGCCACUGGAACCUGAAUUGGGGCAUCUGGAGUCUUUUCUACUGUCUCAGGACACAGAGGAUCAUGUAGCUGGUGGAGACCUUCCCAUCCUGAAAACACCUGCCUCCAUCCAACCAUCCCAAGACAUCCCAGCUACUUGGAUCUCCAAGCACGGCUAUCCAGAGAGGCGGGGAAGCUCUUUUAAUAGCCAUUACUUAGUACCUCCAUGCUGAGCCCUGUGCACAGGCUCACAGGUAGGGAAACCGUGAUCCUUCCAGAGCCUUAAUCCUGAGAGGCCAGGAUGGAGAACAAGAAGUAACACAAGAAUCCUAUCUGUCUCUCCGUGUAGAAAGGAGGAAACUGAAACCCGGAAGCUUUUUUAAAGCUGGAAUAAAAGCCAAGGCUCUUGACUUCUACUCUAGGGUCUGCUGAUGUGACACCGAGAUGCUUGUGGAAAUAGGGUUUGUCAAAUACUCUCCAGGACACGACUGUUCCUGUUUUGAACAAGGAUUUCUAGCCUGAUGCCAGAGAGCCCCACCACCCCUGGGUUGGCUCAAGUUGGCUACUGAGACAAACCUCCAAAACUAGGCCUAUCCUUAUGGUCUAGGAACUGCCUGCCCUCUGAAGAAACAGCAGAGCUCUCCAGAUCAGCAGGACCUGGAACUUUCUAUCUCUGCCAGCUCCAGAAAAGUCCCAAAGAAAGCAUGCUGUCCUACAGCUUUGGCAGUGGUUCGGAAGUAAGGAAAGUGGGCAAUUCCCCAUAGUGGGCUACAGGACAUAUUCUGAAAUCUCGGCUGUGAACAGGGAUGAUGGGGGUGGGGAGGGAAAUAUAUUUUUAUGAAAAAGGGAAGAUUUUGCUAUUUUUGGUAAAAAUAAAAGACAAACUAAAUCAACCACUGAUGAGAAGCUGUGGUCUGGAUACCAUCUGGGUCUUGGCAGAUUGUUGGAAAGACCUCCAGAAUGGGAUUAAAGACAUUCUAUGCUCAGCUUCUGACCAUAUGGGCAUAGUCAUGACUUACCCAGUCUCCAAUGUGAGGACACCCAGGUUCUCUCGGGACUCUACAUUCUAGACAAGCUAACUUGGGAGCCUUGAGGAGGGAAAGAGAGGAACUUAAGGAACUCAGUCUGACGGGGAGAUUUUGUUUAGGCACUUGGCACUAGCUAUCCCCAUUCAUAUCUGGGAGGUGUUGGAGGAACCAAUGGCUAAAAGUGCAGUGGGAAAUUCAGUCACAACCCCAUUCACAAGAGAGGAAGCCUCUCAGGACUCAAGGUAGGAGAGGUACGGCAGGUUUCACUCCAGAUCUUAUUCCUCAGAAGACAGCAUCCACUGCCCCCACACCACAAGCCACUCAGACAGGAGUUAAAGCAGUUUGGUUGUAAACAGUCAACAAAGGCCAACCUAGAGCUCCUCCUACACCUGCAAAAGAGCCAGUAGGGACUCUGCCUGGGAGGUGGACGCAUGUGCUCUAGCCCCAGCCAGCCCCCAAGGUCUCAUGGCAAGUACCUUCCCUCCCUAAACCACUUGUUAUCUAUUUUAUGAUUAGAGUGGUGAGCUAGCAAGAUGGCUCAGUGGAUGAAGGCAUCUCCUGCCCAAUAAUGCAAGCUUCAUGGCCUGAGUUCAGUUCUCAGGACCCACGUAAAAGCGAAAGGGGAGACACCACUCUGGCAUGCAUACCCACACACUUGCAUCACACACACAGUAAUAACUUUUUUUAAUUGUUUUGAGACAGGUCUCAUCAUGUAGUGCUGGUUAGCCUGGAACUCACUCUGUAGACUAGGCUAGCCUUAAACUCCCAUGGGUCCACCUUUCUCUGUCUCCUGGGUGUUGUGAUUAAGGUGUGCACCACCACACCUGGUAUAAAUGAACUUUUAAAAAAAAAAAAAGUGGGAGUGAAAGUGAAUGAUCUCUAAGCUCCCUCAUUCUCAGUCUGUGAACAUAGAUGAUAGUGACUCAGCUAAUACUGACUAUGUCUGGUACAGCCUCAGGUGCUUGACACAUAAUCAAGGCUCUCUUUAACCAGCUGUCUGAUCUUCCUCCCAGCCCCCAGUAUCUCUCCCCUCUUUUUACUGCUGUAGAAUCUAGAAGGUUCUCCAUUUUGAUGCUCCUUCUAGUGCCCAAAGCCCAGCUUUCUAAAAAAGUGGUGUUUUCAAACCUAUUGGGCAGUACAACUGUUAGCAAGUUCAUGUACAUUAUGGAAGUAAGAGUUAGAUUUAUCUCAAAAUCAAGAUGUCUGGAAAUAUAUUAGGAAGCACAUGUGCAUGUGUGUGUGUGUGUGUGCAGACUUGUUUUGAGAGAGUGAGAGGGAUGGUUAGUGGAGAAAGAGAGGAAGAACUUUAACAACAGAAAAGAGCCUCUCUCACCCAAGCAGGCAGAACCUAGCAGAAGCAGCUUACCUAGGAGACCAGGUUGGGCAUUGCUCAGGAUCUACAUCAGCCUUUGUGGCAGGGAGCAGGGAAGAAGCUUCUCUCUCCACCCUGCGGCAGAACAUCCUCCUCUUGAGUAAACACUACUGCGUAACCUGGGCUUUCAUGAACACUGCAGCCCUUCCGUGUUCCCUGCUGCCCGUGUGUGGAGCAGUGGAAUGGAGUAGCAUGGGCCCAAAGAAGGUCUGGGUUCUGCAUUGUUUGCCCUCCCUCCGGGCAGCCCCUCAGAGCUUUUAUCCAAUGUAAAUUAACCAUGGUCGUCAUGUAUGUGGGAGAGUAGUGACUUUGAGAAUCUGGAUCACAAUCUAUGCCUGAGCGACUCAGGACUAGUUGGCUAUUGAGAACUGGGGAAUAGGCUAGAAAGGCGGGCCUGGAAGGUUGGAAGAGGUUGGGAUAUAGAGCCUUUGGGUAGGACUCAAAUUCUGGGAGGGACAAAAUACAAAAGCUUGGGGGAAAGCCUCUCCUUCCCAAUCUUCAUCUAGAUUGGAAAUCUAGCAGUCUUGAAAACUCCCACUUCCUUCCAUCAGAGUGGAACACAGAAGGGAGCCCAUGUUUUCGAGGUGACUGAUGGGAAAGCCGAGAAGCUCUUUAAGCGCCUUGCUCACCAGACGCUCACAACAAUACUGAAUGGGAUAGGGAUGUUUACUUCCGCCACACAAAGACUGCUUUAGAACCUGAACUGAAGCCAAACAGCGCUCUUCCUCUCUCAGGCACCUGCAGCCUGUGGAAGUGAGACAGGGAGGCUGGCUGAGGGAUUAAUCUAAUUAGUGUAUGCACACACACAGCUGGUCGAGGUAGUCAUCUAAUUUUAGCACACACACAGUAAAAUAAGAGUUUGUUUUAGCUGGUGUAGUUGUGCACGCCUUCAAUUUCAGCACUCCAAGAGGCAGAGGCAGAGGCAAGUGGAUGUCUGAGUUCGAGGCCAGCAAGGUCUAGGACAGCCAGGGAUACAUAGUGAGACCGUCUAGAAAACAAACGUUUUUAAUUAUUGGAAGUAAUGUUUUAGUCAUACUCUCGUGAAAUUCUGUAUACACAGACCUUUACAGAAACUUUAUAGUCAUGCCUGGUGGUGUGCGAGUCUGUAAUCACACAACUUUGGAGACUGAGUCAAGAGAAAAAACGAGUUUGAAGCCAGCCUGGGGUAUACAGCCUUGGCUUUGUCUCAAAAUUAAACUUUAAAACGAAGAAAUUUUAACAGAGCUGCCCUCAGGUUAAGAAACUCUUUCGUCCUGGCUCGCAUAAAUAACUAUUUGCAC